AUGGGUAACGCUAAGUCUGUGCAGGAAAUCGAAAUAGAAUGCAGGGUUAGGGAGAAACUACUUAAUAGGGAAUACAAAAGGUGUCUAACAGAUGAGGCGAAGGAGGUGGAAUGUGUAAAACAAGCUCUCACAAAGGGUAACAAAGACCUUGCCAAGAUCCAUGCGGAAAACGUGUUACGGAAAAAAAGGGAAGCUAUACAGAUUUUAGAACUACUAUCGCAAAUAGAUAAUAUGAGGACAGAGUGUAAAUUAAAACAAUAUUCACAAACAUCCGCAUCCAAUAGUUUUAGUAUUAAUGUACAUGGGAUGGGAGAGAAUUCUUACAUCACAAAGUUGUCUAACAGGAAAACAAAAGCCAGUGAAAAUAUUACUGACACUGAAGUGAAUGACAUAAUGUCCAAAAUAGCUCUUGAGUCGGACAUAGAUUUGGAGAAAUUUCUGAAACUAACCAAUGUGAUACAGUGA